GCCGGCAUCUCCAUGACGGUCGUUCCGUCGGUGGAUGGGCCGUUGCGGCCGUUGCGGCCGUUGCGCGACAGCGGAUGGAGGCUGUCACGGGAAAGCGUGGAACGAGUGGAACGCGUGGAAGUGGCGGGAGGCGCAAGGUCAGCUGAGUGUCUUGAGACAGAGGAGCCAAGAAGCAAGUCUUAUUGCAAUCAAUCGCGCGCUUAGCUAUAUUACCAAGCUCCCGACCUGUGGCGAGACCUGGCGCCUCUCCACUGCCACGCUCAGCUCGCUGCGCAGCCGCGCGCUGCGGCCGGACGUGGUUUCGGAGACGAUCUCUCUGACGGCAUGCCAUCGAGGCAGUGCCUGGUCCUUUGCCCUUCAACUGGGCUUCCUUUGCCGUCGCGACGCCCGCGGUGACGCCAUCUACGCCUUGGAAGUCCUGCGUUCGACCUGGCAAACCUGGCGGCGAGCUGCAAAAGUGCUGGAGAGGAUGGAGG